CUCCUCCCUUUUGACAUCAGGCGAACUUAGCUUCAUGAUCAUUUUUGUAGAACAUGUGGCACAGAAUGGACAAAAGCUGGGUGCCUGGAAGAAGACAGCUCAUACUAAGCACUUUCCUUCUGCCAUUCAUUUCAUUACUAGGUGCUGAUUGUCCCCCUGAGACUGGUUACAAAGGGAAUUUUUCUCUGACAAAUGGGUAUAACGAAGCCAGCAUUGUUCACUUUCUCUGCCCAACAGGGCAAUAUCCAUGGCCUGCUAAUAGUCGAAUAUGCGAGGCCACUGGAAAAUGGAGUGUAAUGCGAUCCAGCACAGGGAAAAAAUACAGCUCAGUAUCAUGCAAAAAAAUGGUGUGCCCUCAGCCUGAGGCAUUUGAAAAUGGUGAGUUUUUUCCCAGGGGGCCCUACUACGUUGGGGCAAAUGUAACAUUCAACUGUAAUGAUGGAUACACCUUGAGGGGGUCUGCGGAAAGAACAUGUGGAAGGAAUGCCAGAUGGAGUGGAGUGACUGCAGUUUGUGAUGAUGGAGCUGGUCAUUGCCCUAACCCAGGUAUACCUCCUGGUGCUAUGAAAACUGGUGUUCGAUAUGACAUGGACAACAGCAUUAAAUAUGCUUGUUCCCGUGGGAUGUCACUGGUGGGGUCACCCCACAGGACAUGCCUAGAAAGCAGACGGUGGAGUGGAACAGAAAUAAGCUGUCAAUACCCAUACUCAUUUGAUCUACCAGAAGAUGUGCAGGAGCAGUUUAAAGCCUCACUUUCUGGAAUUCUGAACAUUAAAGAAAGAUCAGCUUCUUUUGGGAGAACUAUAAAGAUAAAGAGGGAUGGUAUUCUAAAUGUAUAUUUUCUACUGGAUGCAUCUCGAAGUGUUGGAGAAGCAAACUUUGAUAUAUACAAAGAAUGUUCUGUAUAUCUUGUCGAUGAGCUUGCCUCAUUUGAUAUGACCAUACAGUUUGGAAUAAUCUCCUAUGCAACUGUUCCCAAAGUAAUCAUACCAAUUUAUGAUGAAAACUCGGACAAUGAUGCCCAUGUGUUUGAGGUGAUUGAGAAUGAUCUGAAAUACAGUGACCACAAAGACAAGACAGGCACAAACAUUAAAGCUGCUCUGGAGGAAGUCUACAAUAUGAUGUCAUUUCAAAAAGAAACAUACAAGAAUGAAUCUGUGUGGAAUUCUAUUCAUCAUAUCAUUAUACUGCUGACAGAUGGGAAAGCAAACAUAGGUGGGCGUCCAGCAGACACAAUAAAACACAUUGAAGAAUUCCUAGAUAUUAAAAAGAAAAGAGAAGAUUAUUUAGAUGUUUACACAUUUGGAAUUGGUCCAGAUGUAGACAUGGCAGACCUAAGUGAAAUAGCAUCAAAGAAAGAUGGGGAAAGCCAUGUUUUUCGAAUGGAAAGUGCAAAUGAAAUGAAGACAGUGUUUCAGAAAAUAGUUGAUAUUAAGCACUAUGGGGAUAUGUGUGGACUUAAUGAUGAAUCUCCAGAAUCAGAGAGCAGCUUACAUUUCCCAUGGAAUGUCUUGGUAAAAUCUCGUAGGUCCGUGGCUGGCCCAUGUUUGGGCUCCCUAAUAUCUAAAUCCUGGGUCCUCUCUGCAGCACAUUGCUUCAAAGAAGGUGAACUGGCAGAUGCAUAUGACUUUCAAAUUGGGAGGCAAAGCUACAAGGCUAAAACAAUUGAGAUCCAUAAUUGUUACAAUAUUAGUAGAAAGAAAUCUAAGAAUGUCAAUGAAGAUUAUGAUUAUGAUGUGGCCUUGGUUCAACUUAAAGAGAAUGUGAAAUUCUCAAAAGAAGCCAGGCCAAUAUGUAUCCCUUGUACUGAACCAGCCAACAGAGCCAUGAAAAGAGUGAAAGGAUCUACCUGCAAAGAUCACAGAGAGCAGCUGAUGGGAGUCAGUCAGAUCCCUGCCGGAUAUCUGUCUAAGAAUAACAAAAAUGAGCUGAUCGAAAAGAGAGUUUUUAUUAAAACUAACAAGGAUAGAGAAGCCUGUGUGGCCUCUGUUCAAAAGUGGCCCAAGUUUGAACACAUCAAUCCAGUUUUGUUGGUCUCAUCCAGACAUUUAUGUGUUGAGGGUGAAAUGUCAUGUAAAGGAGAAUCAGGUGGAUCUCUGUUUGUUCACCUAAGGGGAAGGAGGCGAUUUUUUCAGGUUGGUGUGCUAAGUUUUGGAAUAUUUAAUCCCUGCAGUCGACCUGGGCAGCGUGAGCUUCCACCUCCUGGAUCUGAACCCAGAGAUUUUUACAUUGAUAUCAUGCAGAUCUUGCCUUGGAUGCGCAAGCACAUUGGGGAUGAGCUGGACUUCCUGCCCGACAUCCAAAAGCAAGAUAUGACAGUGUGUCCUUCUUGACAAAAACUUGACAUUUCUAUUUUCUGCCUUUGUUCUUUCUUCUGCAUAAGUUAACUCACAUAUGCAUUCAGAAUGCAGAUGCAAUCUUUUUAUAUACAGCAACUUGUUGUUUCAUUAUAUUGUUGUCCUCAGUAAAAUCACAGUUUAUUCUAAGAA